AUGACUACAAGCCGUGUUACGAAGAAACUGAUUCAACAAUGGUGCCAAGAGGUUGGAUUAGAGGCAAGCUAUGACGGUGAAUCAAAGGUCGAAGAGGAGGGAGAGCCCAAGCACGUCAAUUCCACUAUCCAAACCGAAUUAUGGGAACAUCCAACCGAUGAUGAGGAUGAGAAAACAUCUUAUGCCGAAGAUACUCUCACCGAAGAUGCUUUUAGGAAAUGGGAACAAGACGCGUAUGCUCGACUUGAGUAUGAUGUAGCAGAUGCUUCUUGGGAAGAGAUGAAACAAAUAUUGCGUAAAGAAUUUGUGGAGGAUGCUGACGGCGAAAGCAAUAUAAAAAUUUAUACAAAUCCCGAGCCAAGAAGAUGGAUUCUAGCAAUAAGGCCGAAUCCGAAAGCAAAGGAAAAGAAAGCUUUAAUGUCCAGAGCCAAAGAUAGUGUUCUCAAGAACUAUAGAGGAGAAGACAAAGGCUAA